GGGGACGCCGCCAUAGCGGGAUCCCGGGAGAGGGCUGCUCCCUGCGAGCCGGGGAAAAGCGGCACGGCGGGGACCCCGGGGCUGGAGAGCCUCUGUUCGCUGAGGGUCUGCAGCGGGGCCCCCAGGUUUAUGAUGGAACGUACAUCUUUGCCUAAAUUCCUUUCGACAAGUGACAACAAACUUCUGCAUCACCAUUUUCCAGACAUAUUGGCCACUGUUCAUACCACACAAGACAUUCCUGAAGAAGUUGGUUUUGGACCAUGCAUGCUUCAAAACACCCUACUGGAUACUGUAGCUUUUAUUGCUCUCAAGUGUUCUGAUAGACGGAACAUCCACUAUGUAUUUAAGGUAGAUGUUACAUCUGUGCACAGUCCCACAGGAUUGCCUUGGAUGAGACUUGUACAAGCAGCUUCCAAUAGGAAGGAGCAGAACUUGGAAGCUUACUUAGAAAACAGUCAGUUAUAUUUUCGCUCCACAAGGAAAAUCAACAAAAACGAGGAGCUGCUUGUCUGGUAUGAUGAGGAGCUCUCCAACCUUUUGGGUUUCAAUGAGAUAAAAGCUCAGAGUGCCCAGAAUGAGCUGAGAUGCCAAGAAUGUGACCAAGUCUUUAAAUGUGAGCACUCCUAUCUCUCACAUGCCCGCUUCCUAUGUAUGCCAGAGAAGAGUGCCUUGCUAUGGAGAAACUUCCAGAACUUUAAGACUGAAAAGAGCCACUUAGCUGACCAGACCACAAAUUUCCAUAGCCUGGCAAGGGAUCUAGAGGUCAAAAUGACAGCUUGUAAAGAUGAUGCUUGUGAUGUCACAGGAGAAAAGAGAGCAAAAUCUGAAGAGGCUGAGAAAAACAGGGGCAGGAAAACAGUGUUGUUGGAGAAAAACAACAAUUUGAGGGAGGAACAUACCUGUGGGGGCAAGGAAGAGGUUGGAUCAGAGCACGCAUUAGCUGGUUCUUUCUGGAAGCUUAGUUCAGGGAGGCAGUCAGCUAGAAAGGAUGCUUUAGAGCAGAAGCAGAGCGCUUUCACUGAGGUCAGGAGGAUGAAGGAGAAGCUGAGGAAUGAGAGACCAAAGGAGCCAGAACAGGAGGAUGGCACAGUCCCACUUGAUAAAGAUCAGGCAUCAAAGGAAGUGUUGCUGAACUCCUCUGGUAGUGCAUUCUCCUUUGUAUGGCCCACCAGAGCCGGAGGAGAACAGAAGAGUGCUUUCAGCAAACCCAGUAAGCGUCUAAUAGAAAGAGCUGCGACAAAUUCUCAUCUCAUGAGUGAGACACCAAAGAUCCUGGGUGAGCUGUCUGGCUUCAUUGCUACCACAGACAUUAUGUGCUGCAGCACUCUUCUCAAUUCCAAGUUCUUUGUCAGUAAUUUGUGUAAUGCUCAGAUGCUGCAGACAAGCAUCAGUGGAAGCAAUGUUUUCCCCUAUACCUCAGAACAGUGGCUCAAACAAACUGGGGGACAGUUACAAAAUACAACCACUACUUCUUCUUCCUCCUCCUCCUCCUCCUCUUCCUUGACUCUUCUUCCCCCCACCUUCACAUCCUUUGGAGUGGCCGCCCAGAACUGGUGUGCCAAGUGCAACCUGUCCUUUUGCAUGACAUCUGAUUUAGUCUUUCACAUGCGGUCACAUCACAAAAAAGAAUACUCCUCAACUGAAUCCCAGUGCAAGAGGAGACGAGAGGAGAAGCUAACAUGCCCCAUUUGUCAUGAGUACUUCAGAGAACGCCAUCAUUUAUCCCGCCACAUGACUUCUCAUAAUUAGAGCUAUGCAGACAGACCUCAGCAGGGGGCUGGGCAGGUUGGGUAAAGAAUGGGAACAUAGUUCACUUGUAUCCAUUUCUUUCUGAGCUUAUGUUAAUUUCUUACAGGAAAUCACUGGUUGCAAUAAUUUAUGAAAGGUGCUUUGCAAAAAAUGUAAAAUGUUUACAAGGCUCUGAGUGGCUUGUAUGUUUUGAAAACUCAACCCUGGCCCUUGUCAAUCUAUUUCUGAGGAAAUAAAAUAGUGAAAUGAAUGCAUAUGCAGUGUUAAUUUGCAAAGAGUUGGGAAAAAAAUUAUUGUUUUGCAAACUGAGUUUUCUUUGCUUGUAUUUGUU